AUGAGGAACAGAGCAAAACUCAACCUGAGGCUGAAUCUAUCGCCGCCGAGGAGAGAUCCGGCGGAGGCGGUGGAGAUGGUGGCUAGGGUUGUUGGGUCACCGAGGGAAUCGUCGGAGGAUGCAUCGUCGGCAAGCUCGUGCCUGUCGACGGAGGUGAACGAGGAGGUGUCGUCGUCUACAUCUCCGGUGAAAUCGCCGGCGGCGAUGGUGGUCGCCGGAUGCUCGAGGUGUCUGAUGUAUGUGAUGGUCUUAGAGAAUGAUUUGCGAUGCCCUAGAUGUCGAAACAACGUUUUGCUCGAUCUUCUCUGUAACCAGAAGAAGAAACCAUGA